GCGCAAGGUCAGCCCCGCGUGCAGGCGGGCGGCGCGCGGCAUAGCGGCGACGCGCUGCGCUCUUGAAAUUUCGCUUUCGUUCACUCGUGGUUAUUAGUCGGCCGCGCGCGCUCCGGCAAGCAUGUGUUUUGUGUGACGUGCUCUAACUCUUUCCGCGCGGCACAUUCGAUUUCGUUGACGAUCGCGGCAUGGCCCCUCGUCGGCAGGGCGCAACCGGCGAGCGCGAGGCGGAGGAAGUCCUCGGGUGCUGUGUGCCCGGUGAAUGCCUCCGGCCUCGGGAAGCGGUACGCAUUGAAGACGCUGUCCGCGUGAUAUGCAACAACGACACGUGCACCGCCGGCCGGUAUAUGCACAGAGAAUGCUUCGAGCAAUGGGAAACUGGGGUUCUCGCUUAUCUAAAGUCAUGCGGCCGAGCUCGUUCCUGGUCAGAACGACAACGGCAUCAGAAUUUGUGGACAAAAAAAGGUUACGACUUGGCAUUCAAGGCAUGCGGCUGCCGAUGUGGCCGAGGGCACUUGAAAAAAGAUCUUGAUUGGUUACCGCCUGGAGCAGCAAUCCGAGCAGAGGAGGAAAAGAAGCGUCGUCGACGCACAAGAUCGGGUCGUACACUACCAGCUGCUACAGAUGGCCGAUCCAGAGCAUUCAGUCUUUCGAGUUCCGGUUCCUGUUCGCCACCGUCUGCUCCAUCUGAACCUUCCACCAGUCCAACACAUGCUCCAACACACAACAUGACUCCGGCCAAAAGAAGCUCCAAGCCAGAAGUCAUUUCUGAUCGUGUUAGAGCUGGGGCUGGCGCCAAUGGCAUCUUCUCUCGAAGACUCGAUUUCUCCACCUUCAACCUACUUCCGAAACACAAAGUCAACUCUUACCAGAUCAAGAUUGAAGAUGAAGGCAACCACGGCAACGACGAUACACGUCUUUUCAUCCUUUCCACCCUGGCUGGGCAACAUAAGCCCAGGGUCUCAUGCGCACUCUGCAAGGACACUCUGGACGUUUUCGAUCGUUACCCAUUAGUCGACGGUACCUUCUUCCUCAGUCCACGUCAGCAUACCAGCAGCGCUGUUGAGGUGAAAGUGGAGGGUCGUACGCAAUACUUGACUUGCGUAUGUAUGGGAUGCCUGGAGCGCUGUGACCCAGACCGCACCAUUCGCUGCCGAUUCUGCGGCCAAAAAUGGGACGGGUCCUCGCUUGUCCUCGGUACAAUGUAUUCGUACGACAUCUUCAUGGCAACUCCAUGCUGUGCCGAGAGAUUAAAGUGCAACAGUUGCUACAAGCCGCUUCUGCAUCCUCAGCAACGGCUGAACUACUCCGACUACUCGCACCCAGUGACGUGCCCGCAAUGCCGAGUUACUGACACGCACUUCGUGAAGCCACUCACUUACUGCUUCACCAAACGGGUUUACCCACUAUUCCAGCAGUGGCCAUAACAGUCGGCGGUGCCGGGAACCUCUCCCGGCACCUCCCCUGCUUCGGCUGACGUGUGGAACAUUGCCCCGUCGCCCCCUCGCCGCGCAUCUCCCCCCGCGUUACGUCCAGUCGUCAACACGAGUAUGGCUUCUCGUGCCCCGGAACCUGCUGAAGACCACACCAACAAAUACCUCAACCCGACUCUGGCUAGCAUAACCGAGUCUCUUUCGUUGCUUGGUUUAACUCCGGAAACGCUGGCCAUGAGCUUGGGCGAGUCACUUGCUGAUCGUUACUUGGCGUCGCUCAGACCGAAACCAGUCGAGCUGCCAACGAUGCAGUUGGGUGGUUGUGGAAUACCCCGUCGUACUCCUUUCACGACGGAGCCCAGUCUUCAGCUGUUCUCGAACGAUUUUAUUGACUAUCUGAAUCAAAUCGCGUAAUUCGUACGUGAUCAGUGCGGGUGUAAAAGAAACGACGCGGCGAAUAUUGGACUUUUGUGUUGCUAUGGUUAUUAUUACUCUUGGAACUUUUAUUACGUCAUAUGACGGUAGGAAUAUUUUUUGUUAAAUUAAGUUGGUAGUAUUGAAAAUAAUUUUAUGUGACGGUUUAGAUCGUACUAUUGAUUUUAUUUUAAUUUUAUUCUGCUCUUUGUUGAUUAGAAGUUGUUUUUAUGGAAAAUUGUAACUAGAUCUAUAGCGAUGCCAGAAAUUGCAUUUUUUUUUGUUUUCUUUCAAUUGGAACUUUUUCGGGAAUGUUUUUCCUUCAGAAAGAUUCGAGAUGAGUUUUUUGAUUAUUGAUUACCUUCGAUUUCAGUGAUACUGGCCCUAUCUGAUAGGAAGUUCGAGUGGACUGUUAUUUAGUUCAAUUUAGUUUAUUAAUUAUGUUUUAUUUUAGCAAAAUUUUUAACCUAACUUAAGUGUUAAAUCAUAUUUUCGUAGAUUGAUUGCGAUUUCUUUUUGUUUUCUCCCACCAAAACGGCACUUUUUGUGUAAAAAGGGAUUUUAAACGGAGAGGUCAUUAAUUUUUUUUUAAGUGGUUUUCAUAAUUUUUAUUACUUACCGUCAUUUUUCAUACCUUAAUUUUUAAUAUUAAUCGUAGUGGAUUUUUAAUUAUAAGUCAUUGCUGUGUCACCAAUAAUUGAUUAGCAAGUCUUAAUAUUUAUCACUAUAAGGUUUCUUAUUAUAUUGUUAUUAAUCUUAUGUUUUUAUUUUGUAAACUUAAAAGUUGAUGGGGAGUGGUAUAGUAAAUUGGUAAAAGAGGAAAAUCUAUGAAGCUCAUUGAAUUUUUGGUUAAUAGUGCCAUAUAAAAAAAUAAAAAUACUGAUGUCUGAUAUUAAAAUCAUUGUCUGAACAAUUCGCUUCUUCAAUGAGAAAAAUAUAUACCAUUAAUCAUUGACAUUAUGAUUUGGUAGAUUUUUUUAGUUUUUCUUUUUCAUACAUUCUUAUCGCUUAAUAUAAUUUAGUGUUAAGAGUUUUCUUAUCUUGAAUGUCUAUUUACCUUUAAGUGGAAUAUCGCUUUUAAAGUUUACUUAAACGUAAGUGAUUUUUCAAAUUUACUCAGUAAUUAUAUUGUUUAAUGUGAAUGUUUUAGGUAAGGUUUUAUACAUUUGAUACUACUCGCAAAGUGAUUAAAAGUGAUAAUUCUUAGUGUUAGAUGUGUUAGUUAUUUAAAAAAAAAAAAAAGUGGUGCGGAUAUAAUGGCGGGAUUAGCGUUUUUAUGUACCGAGCGGAUCGGAAACAACUAUAGGGCACUGUACAUUAACUCUUCCGCUGCUAGUUACGUUGCUUAAUUCGGUAGCAAACGUUGUUCUAGUUAAACUAUUCUAUAUACGAAAUUUCGAAAAAAGAAUAGUUCGAAAAUUUGAAAUUUUCACACUUCAGUGCAUUGUCUAUGACAUCAGAGUCCUGUAUGGUUAUUGAGAUAUUAUUAUUAUUUUAGAUUGAUAAGUCACAAACAGGCAUUCACUUUUAUAUUAUAUCACAAGUAAAUGAUUAGCAUCAAUGAAUCUUGUUCUAAUAGGGUUUCGGGUGCUCAUACAUUAAACAUAAUCGAUAGUGUACCGGUCCGCUGAGGCGCAUAACAUUAGGCGAGAAAACGCGGGAAAAAUCGUACAGAACCUUAGGCAAUAAAUUUUUAAUGAAGACUUGACACUUUUAUAGGUAAAAAUUUUUGCAUUAUCUAUCCUCCUUCGUAACGAAAUUAACUGCCAUUUACCUUUUUUACUAAUAAUAUAAUCAACGAGGAUUCUCCUUUGGAAUUUUACAAGGUUAGACUUAAAAAAAGAAGUUUGAAUUGCCAAAUCACAUAACCGCAAUUUAAACAAAAUUCCAAAUUUGAAUCCUUCAUUUAGUGUUUGACUGAAUACGAAUAACCUAUUAUUCUACGUAGUUGUUAGCUCAUCAUCACCAGUCGUCACUAACGUCACGUCGUCACGCCAUCCGCAUCACUGCACAACAUACUAUUUUAUCAUCGUCGUCAUUCGGCACGGUUUGAGUGGUGGGCAUCUGGUAUUACUAUAGUAUAAUGGACUGAAAUGUACAUAUAAAAAUUCUCCAGGAUUUUAUACUCUAGGUACAACACAAAACAUGAGAUUGUGAAAUAUUAAAAAUAUCAAAAUACUUAUUAACUUGAAUGUACCAAAGAAAAUUACCUUUGAAGUACAACAAGCAUUGUUAAGAUAUUUACUGAAGACAAUUUCUAUGUAUCCUGCUCAUAUAGACUUAUACUAUAGUGACCAGUUACCCUGUGUGGUUGUAAUACCUCAUAAAUAUUUUAAUACAUUUAUUCUUCGCUUCAAACUUAUCUUAUAAGUAUUAAAAAAAAAUCGAAUAAAGUGACGUAGAACUGUGUAAUGUUUAAAUAUAUAGUUUACACUCAUACGCUUCACGAUAAAAAAGUAUUUAUUGAGAUGUAUAAUUGCAUAUUCUAGUUGUAAACGAUAGUACAUAAUUACAACAGUAUCAAAGAAGCCCUAAUUAUUUUACAUUGAUACCGGACAGCGAUGGCGUUUUAUAUGUUAAACAAUUUUUAAUUUUAUUAAAGUUCGCUCGUUCUAUUAUAGAUUAUAAUAUAUUUAAAAAUGUACAUUUUAAUGUGCGGUAUAUCCAAGAAAAUAUUUGAAAAAAAAAUAUGAAAAAAAAAAACGAGCUGUUGUUGGUAUAUUUAGAAAAAUAUUAAAAAAAUAAUCAAAUACAGAUCAUCUGAUGGUGUCCAUGUACAAAUAUAAAGUGAACCGCCAUCGCUACUCCGGCAAAGAAAGCGACACAAAAUAUAAAGAGUCAUAUUGUUUAAUAGUCUAAUACAGAGCCUAAGGAUUAUAAUAUUAUCAGAGCAACCCUUUAUAGAUAGAUAAGUUUGUUUAUACACCGGUACAAAAUUAUAAUAAAUACGUACUAUUUUGAAAACAAAACAAAAAUUAUAUAGAAGUCCUCCUAAACGUCAGAAGGCUAUUUAUUCUACACAUAGAUGAUUCCUUAUUGAAAAAAAAAAAAAAAACUUUUAUGAACAAUACGUAUUUAGAUAAAAUAGUAAAUUAUAGUAAAAAGUUCGUAUGGCUCCUAAAUUUGGAAUCGUUUUAGAGGAUAUUUAUACUAAACUACAAUUUUUAUAUCCAUAUUCCAGUUACAGUGAAUAACGUAAAAAAAAAAGAAAAAUACAAAAAAAAAAAAUCUUAGUGUUUCUUUAUCAAUUCGUGUAUUUCGAUAAUUUAAUUUCUUCUUUAUUGAUGUACCCUAAUACUUGAAAGGUUGUGUGGUGAAUUGUUUUAAAUAUACAUUAUACGAUUUUGGUUAGUUCCAAGUCUAUAAAAAUAUACAAAAUCCUUCGUUUGAAUAUUACAUAUUUUAGAAACUUGGUUAAUUACUUAAUUGUUCAUUUUUUUAUGGUUAUUGAGAUAUUAUUAUUAUUUUAGAUUGAUAAGUCACAAACAGGCAUUCACUUUUAUAUUAUAUCACAAGUAAAUGAUUAGCAUCAAUGAAUCUUGUUCUAAUAGGGUUUCGGGUGCUCAUACAUUAAACAUAAUCGAUAGUGUACCGGUCCGCUGAGGCGCAUAACAUUAGGCGAGAAAACGCGGGAAAAAUCGUACAGAACCUUAGGCAAUAAAUUUUUAAUGAAGACUUGACACUUUUAUAGGUAAAAAUUUUUGCAUUAUCUAUCCUCCUUCGUAACGAAAUUAACUGCCAUUUACCUUUUUUACUAAUAAUAUAAUCAACGAGGAUUCUCCUUUGGAAUUUUACAAGGUUAGACUUAAAAAAAGAAGUUUGAAUUGCCAAAUCACAUAACCGCAAUUUAAACAAAAUUCCAAAUUUGAAUCCUUCAUUUAGUGUUUGACUGAAUACGAAUAACCUAUUAUUCUACGUAGUUGUUAGCUCAUCAUCACCAGUCGUCACUAACGUCACGUCGUCACGCCAUCCGCAUCACUGCACAACAUACUAUUUUAUCAUCGUCGUCAUUCGGCACGGUUUGAGUGGUGGGCAUCUGGUAUUACUAUAGUAUAAUGGACUGAAAUGUACAUAUAAAAAUUCUCCAGGAUUUUAUACUCUAGGUACAACACAAAACAUGAGAUUGUGAAAUAUUAAAAAUAUCAAAAUACUUAUUAACUUGAAUGUACCAAAGAAAAUUACCUUUGAAGUACAACAAGCAUUGUUAAGAUAUUUACUGAAGACAAUUUCUAUGUAUCCUGCUCAUAUAGACUUAUACUAUAGUGACAAGUUACCCUGUGUGGUUGUAAUACCUCAUAAAUAUUUUAAUACAUUUAUUCUUCGCUUCAAACUUAUCUUAUAAGUAUUAAAAAAAAAUCGAAUAAAGUGACGUAGAACUGUGUAAUGUUUAAAUAUAUAGUUUACACUCAUACGCUUCACGAUAAAAAAGUAUUUAUUGAGAUGUAUAAUUGCAUAUUCUAGUUGUAAACGAUAGUACAUAAUUACAACAGUAUCAAAGAAGCCCUAAUUAUUUUACAUUGAUACCGGACAGCGAUGGCGUUUUAUAUGUUAAACAAUUUUUAAUUUUAUUAAAGUUCGCUCGUUCUAUUAUAGAUUAUAAUAUAUUUAAAAAUGUACAUUUUAAUGUGCGGUAUAUCCAAGAAAAUAUUUGAAAAAAAAAUAUGAAAAAAAAAAACGAGCUGUUGUUGGUAUAUUUAGAAAAAUAUUAAAAAAAUAAUCAAAUACAGAUCAUCUGAUGGUGUCCAUGUACAAAUAUAAAGUGAACCGCCAUCGCUACUCCGGCAAAGAAAGCGACACAAAAUAUAAAGAGUCAUAUUGUUUAAUAGUCUAAUACAGAGCCUAAGGAUUAUAAUAUUAUCAGAGCAACCCUUUAUAGAUAGAUAAGUUUGUUUAUACACCGGUACAAAAUUAUAAUAAAUACGUACUAUUUUGAAAACAAAACAAAAAUUAUAUAGAAGUCCUCCUAAACGUCAGAAGGCUAUUUAUUCUACACAUAGAUGAUUCCUUAUUGAAAAAAAAAAAAAAAACUUUUAUGAACAAUACGUAUUUAGAUAAAAUAGUAAAUUAUAGUAAAAAGUUCGUAUGGCUCCUAAAUUUGGAAUCGUUUUAGAGGAUAUUUAUACUAAACUACAAUUUUUAUAUCCAUAUUCCAGUUACAGUGAAUAACGUAAAAAAAAAAGAAAAAUACAAAAAAAAAAAUCUUAGUGUUUCUUUAUCAAUUCGUGUAUUUCGAUAAUUUAAUUUCUUCUUUAUUGAUGUACCCUAAUACUUGAAAGGUUGUGUGGUGAAUUGUUUUAAAUAUACAUUAUACGAUUUUGGUUAGUUCCAAGUCUAUAAAAAUAUACAAAAUCCUUCGUUUGAAUAUUACAUAUUUUAGAAACUUGGUUAAUUACUUAAUUGUUCAUUUUUUUAUAAAUUUAAUUACAAGAACGUUGUCGUAUAUCUUAGUUUAUUUGCAAAUUUGUUAAAAUUUUAUGUAUUUAUAAUAUUACUUAUUUAUUUAGACAUCGACUUACAAAUUUUCUUCUCGUUGAAUUUAUUAUGAUGUAAUUUAGUGAAUUGCUUAAAGUACAAAAGAAAAAGAAUUUGUUACUUUUGCAAAUUUUAUUAAAAUAAUAAUAAUAAAUCAAAAUACAUAUUAAUCGUAACGCAAAUCUUAGAUAAACUUUACGAAAUAGUUACUGUGAAACAAUAUGUAGGCCGCGAUUGUUUUUCGUGACAAAAACAGACAGUUAAUUAUUCAUUUUGAAAGUUAAAUUUUAUUUUUUCGUUGUUCGAAUUUUAGUAAAGGAAAUUGUUACAUUAUUAUUAUUAUUAUUAUUAUUAUUAUAAAACUACUGUGUAUCUAACAUUAACUUUUUAGAAUAUCAGUGAUUUUAUCGUGUAGAUUAUACGCGCUUUGAACAUAUUUAAGAAGCAACAAAUUAAUUUGCAUAAUAUACUUUUAAUCACGUCGCUUUUGAUCGAUUUUCUUUUGUAGGCUUUUAAAAAAAUAGAAAGUAGGGGUUUCUUUAAUUAUAUAAUCUGUGCGAAUGGGAUGGAUGUUUGUGAUCGCUUAUAUCAUGUAAGUUUAAUCAUUGUCAUUAAUUUCUCAUCAUUAGGCCGUAUUUCCAUGGAACUUAGUGCGGUGCCUGCGGAAAAGUGAUUUGCGACAUUCUGCAUAAACAUAAUGAUCUGAAAUACGUCGCCCUGAAGCGAUCUAUGGAAAUAAUGGCAUAUUGAUAUUGUCCUCGUGCCAAGCGAGUAAUUAUUAAUGUGUACAAUCUGGUCAUAGGCGGUGCGCUCUCGCGUUACACUGCGCAUAAGUUAUAACCGUUUUAUUAAAUUUGUAAGACAAACGAAAAACAAAAAAUCACUAUCGGUACUUGUACUGGUCGGAUUGAUUGCUUUUUAUUGUUGUUGUCUUUGUUUCUUUUGUCGUAAGUUUACGUGGUACCUUGAAAUUUCCGAUUUUGGGGUGCAACGCGUUUCUAACUAACGAAUGACAUUCAAAAUCUGAAUGUGACCCGUCGUCCACACCCGGCUCAAAAAUAUUUCAAACGCAUUGGCUGAUUAACGUAUACGGCUGUUAUUGGUUAGUGAAACUAAACGCAAAACAAAAAAAAAAACGUGUGUUAAUUAUAUUUUGAUACUCGGAUGUUUUCUACACUAACGUAGUAAUUAAUCUUUUGUACUGUGUAGAUAGGAAUUUAAUUCACGCUCGAUCGCAUUUAAUAGUUUCGAUGGACCAGUUUGGAUAAUGAUAGAAUUCGGGACGGCACGGCGUUCAAGCGACGCAUAACGGAUCGUUCAAUUGUACAAUAAACUAACAAAUGCGAUACGACAGUGAAAGGUGGUAUAUAUACACUCAUUAGCUGCUAAAAUCGCAAGACACAAAACCAGUCGUGUGUACUUCUCAAGAUUUAAGCCUUGUUCGGACUAGGCGAGUAUUUUAGUCGAAUGCCGAGUAAUUUAGUGGCUAAACUACUCGCCCGAAAAAAUAGAACAAAAUGGAUUGACUUGACUAAAUUAUUUACUAACCUACUCGACUAAAUUUUUGGUGCUCAGACACAUUUAGCUACUAAAUUACCCGGUACUCGACUAAAAUACUCGCCUAGUCCGAACAAGGCUUCAGAGAACGACAGUUAUCUAUAUAUAUUUUUAGGUGCAUGCGCAACUGGCCGGUUUUUUUUUCUUUCAGGAAGCAAUAAUCAUUUCGAAACGCAAUAAUUAAAGGAGAAAAUUUGGUGAUAAUCUAACGAAUUCGUUAAUGAUAAUAAUUAAGUUAUUGCGUGGCAAUUAGAGUAACAUUUUUUACUACGUAAUGCGCGGGGUGCGUCAGGGUAUGAGUGUCAUAAUUUGUAAUAACAAAAAAAAAAAACAUUUUUGUACUUUCAUACACGUAAAAAGUAAUUUAGUAUUAACUUUUUUUUCUAUUAGUACGUAAAUGUAAAGCGUAAAUGUAAUAAUCAUUUAAUAUACGUUUUUUUACUAAAGAAUUAGAUUUAGUAUUUUUGUAAUAACAAGUCUUAUACGUGUAUCACGGCGAUAAUAGACUUGUGAGACCACUUGUUUCGUCGAUUAUAAGAAGCAAUCUUGAUAAAUGGAUAUUGUUUUGAGAGUUUUUAUAAGAUGAAGUGAUUUUUUGGGCUUGCAAGAUUCCUUCUUGUCGUGACAAGCAAGGCUAGGUCAUUAUAUAUAAACGUGUAAGUCUUUAUAUUUUAUCUGUGCAUUUUCAGAACAGAUGCUUUUUAAGCGUCAAUUGGGGCGAUUAUUAUGAAAGACUUACGUCUAGGUUUAGGCUGUCCUCUCGUACCGCUUUAACAAUAAUCUUGAGCUUCGUAAAUUUCUUAAAGCAACUGCGAUAAUUCGCUAAGUUGCGUCAACUAUUUUAUGAUUACCUACUAAAUGUAUGUGUGAAUGAAUGAAUAAGUAGUGUACUUAUGUAUUUUCUUUCACUGCAUGUAGUUUUUUUUUAAAUAUAUAUAGACGCUGAUAUGUGACCGUAUUAAAAUAUUUUUAUAAAAUGAUCUCUUGUUCGUUUACAAUUUUCCACGAAAUAUGUAUGGUUCGAGAGUAGGGUCGGGUCGUUGUUAAGAAGCUCAGAAGGAAUGCGCCAAUUGAAAAAUUAAGUAGGGAUCGAUAAGUAUUUUGUAAUAAAUUUUAUAAGUCUUUAUGAAUUUUCUAUUUAAAAAAAACUUUUGUACCUACCAUUAAACUAUUUUGUUAAGUCGAAAUUAUUAUAGAUUGGUCGCGAUAUGCGUGUAUUUUUGUACGUUAAAACACGAAGCCGAAGGAAUUGGCACAAAAUAAAUAAAACACAAUAAUCUGGUUAAAUAAAUUUCAAGUACCAUAACUAUUAGGGUUUUUUAAAAGCUAAUAAUACGCAAUGAUAGUGAGCGUUGUAUUGUCUGGUAAUGUGGGAAGGGCAUGACUAUAUACAGAGGUAUUUCAGGAAAUUGUAAUAAAACUGAGGCGAAAAAAUAACAUUAUGUAUUUUAUACGGAUCCAGAUAUAUCGGCCGUCGCCCGAGCGUAGGCAUUCGUGUUAUAUUACGAAUAUAGUUUGUAAGUUUACUCUUUAAAAGAGUUUUCGCAGGUAGUAGUUUUAGUAGGCUUAGUGUUUUUUAUACCGGCUUGAUGUUGCGACAAUUAUUAAUAAUGAUAUCGAUAAUGGCAGAACUACCGAUAAAGCGGCCAACACUGAUCAAUAGCAGAAUGUGUAGUGGGUACUAAAGGAUAUGGGGGGUAUUAGUUGUUUUCCUUUGUGCGAACAACGCGCGGGCAACAUUCCUGCAUUCGUGAUCUUAACCAAAGUGUUGCUGUUCGCAUGCAUAUCAUUUUAAUCGAAGCUAGACGAUACACUUUUCGGUACAAAAUUUUAGUGAAGUUUUUUUUUUUUUAUUUCUAUUCGAUUUUAUAUUUAAUAUUGUUAGACAAUUCUCGGUUGUCAGUUUUGUAGUGGAAGUUCGAUCCGAUCUCCCGCAGCGUAAGCCGUGUCUAGUCGAUACCGAUGGCUUGUGAAUCCAUUUUUAAAUCAUUGUUCCAUUACAAUCCUGGCGAUGAAUUUCAGUUAUUUAGCAGAAUUAUAUUAUUGUCUAGUAUUUCCGAUUAUGUUACGUUUUAUAUUGCUUAUAUUAUAUAUUAUGAAUACGAUGUUUAUUAAGUAUUUAAUAAUCAUUUGAUGAGGACCUAGUCGAUUCUCUAUAUAUCACAUCUCCCAAAGUACAAAUUCCUUGUUGUUUAGUCCAAUUUUGUUUCACUGUUAUUAAAUGAAAAUUAUUUUAGCGUUCGCCGCCUACCGUGGCUCGCUUCGAGAAGCUAUGGGCGGUCGUUGGCAUGUCAGUCUGAAAAUUAAUCUGCGACGUGGCUAAUGCAUUGUAUUAAUUAUAUUGGCAUUGAAAUGUAUGAUGCUUAGGUGUAACUUAAAUAGAAAAACCUCUUUCCGUAUCUGCGCGGCAAUUUCGCAGCGAUAUUACAAUUAAGUUAAGCAGCUCUUUAAGUUAAAGUUAGAUUUUUUAUUUUAUUAUUUAAGUUCAAGCACAUUUAAUAACCUACUUGGUAAUUUUCGUAUAUUUUCUUUUUACUAAUAUUUACCUUUAGACACGUUUUCAGUGGUUUUAAUUUUAAGUUACUGACUUGUAUCAAACAUGUUUAAAAAUCAUUGUCAUAUUAACUUACUAUUGUUCUAGUGUUAUGUAAUUGCCUACUACACAUUAUUCAAUCGGAAAGCUAAUUUAGCAAUGAAAAUAUUUCAAAUGACACUAUACCUAUGAUAAAAUACAAUGAAACCUUUAUAUAAUAAAAAAAUAAUAAAAAUACUUAA